AUGGAGGAUUUCUAUAGCAUUGUAUCUAUUCUCUUAGGUUAUACUGCUCCUAAACAGGAUGAGCUUGUGGAGAGAUAUCCCGGGGUUGCUAGGGUUGUUCACCGCCCUCAACCUACUCAUGAUGUUGCCUCUGAAAGGGAAGACAUUGAUGAUCUUCUCAAAUUUCCCCAUCCUCUUUGUGGGCGUUUUCUUAAGAAUGCAAUUGAUGCAACCCUUAUGAAGGGGAAAGAUUCUCACCACAGUUCAUAUUCAAAUUACAGAGCUUCAGCAGUAGGACCUUUCUACAAGGAGAUCCGUUUCUUGGAAUUUUCAGGACUCUUGAUCUUUUAUUCCUCUGUUGGUUACGUUGAUGGUUCAUUUUCUCUAUGCAAAGGAGAAUUUGCAAGGCAUACAAAAACACCACAGCACAAUGAUGUGCCAUGCUCAGUCAAAGCCAAAAAGGUGGCAGGCCUCUCAUCUCUCUUUUACAUUUGUGAUGUCGCAACUACUGGACCUAAGGGAAAACCUCCUAGAGAUAGUGCUCUUUUUGAGCAUUUGCAAUGCAAGGCAAAGGGCGGUGACUACAUCACCAAGAGUACUUCUACUUCCAAAGCAAGAAGCAGCUCAAGAUCAACCACAACCAGAACGCACGGCUAUACUAUUUUCUAA